AUGAAGAAAGAUGCACAUGACUUUGUCAAAAGAUGCCACACGUGCCAAAUUCAUGCUAAGAUAAGUCAUAGAUCUUCUACGUUGUUGCAAGACAUGCGCACUCCUUGGCCUUUUCAUACUUGGGGGCUUGACUUAAUUGGGACAAUCCAUCCCCCUUAUGAUGAUUACAUAUGGAUUCUCACUGCCACAAAAUAUUUCACAAAGUGGGUUAAGGCAAUUCCUCUUCGAAAGGCGAUGGGAGCUGCUAUCUCAAAUUUUAUUCGAGAAUACAUUGUGUGCAAGUUUGGAAUCCCAUACAAAAAGGUCACUGAUAAUGGCACGCCUUUUGUUAACAAGCAAGUGAGCUCGACACUUAGUGGCUACGGUAUCAAGCAUCGCCGCUCCACACCCUUUUACCCACAGGGAAACAGUCAAGCGGAGGCUACAAACAAAAUCAUACUGAGGAUUUUGAGCAAAAUGGUAUAUGAGUACGAAGGUGGUUGGAGUGUUCAUCUACUAGAUGCCUUGUGGGCUUACCGCACCUCUCCAAGAAGUGCUACAUGUUAUUCGCGUUAUUCGCUUGUGUAUGGGUUUGAUGCCAUCUCACCUGUGGAAAUCACCAUUCCCACGGCCAGAGUAUCGGCUGUCAAUGAUCUUGAAUGGGAUGUGAAGUCAUGCUCGGACUGGCGCUUAUUAGACAGAAAAAAGAGUAGAAGCCGAAAGAAAAAUGGCACUUUACCACACUGUUCCCAAGCAUAUAACAGGACCGUCAAGCCUCAAACCUUCAAACGAGGAGAUCCUGUGCUAAAAGUUGUGGAGCAUGUGAGAAGACUAGUGUCGGGACCUUCCAAGUUUGCUCCACAAUGGGAAGGCAUGUUUGCAGUCAAGGAAGUACAUAGCAGUAGCUAUUAUCGCUUGAUCCCCGUCAAGGAAGGCAUGCUAAUGGAUCCCAUCAAUGGAAAGUGGCUCAAGCCUUACUACUACUAA